AUGGCUUUCUCCAUGUCGGUCUCCUCCCACAUGCUCCGCGGGGCCCGCACAGCCGGGAGCAGCAGAGGCUGCGCAGCUGCCGGAUCCCGCCGCAGCCGAAGGAACAAGGGGUUCAGCACUCGGGGCCCUGGGUCUCGGGGAGACGGGCAGCAGCCGCCUCCGGGGACCUGCGGGGAUGAGGGCCCCGGCGCCGGCUCGGCCUCGGCGGGCGGCUCUAGGCUGGGGGCGGCGGCGGCAGCGGCCCCCGGGAACAAGCCUUUGUGCUGGGCCCGGCGCGGCCGCCUCCCAGCCUCAUCCCCGGCCGGGGAGGCAGGCUCCCGGGGCAGGGCGAGGCGGAGAAGGCCCCGAUCCGGGGCGAUGUGCUGGGGCCUCGCGGGGCCGCCGCUUAGGCCCGGGCUCGCCAGGUCCUGA